CCAGCCGUCUAGUCCGGCGGCCAUUGGCCGCUCGCGGUCACGCGGCUGCGCCCCCUCCCCCUCCCCUCCUCCCUCCUCCCACUCCGUCGCCUGCGCGGCGCAGGUGAGACAGGUUUCCUGGGAGACCCCGAGGGCUGGACUGCCAUGGCAGCGGCUGCAGCAGCAGAGGACCCCCCUGGCCCCUUGGAUCAGUCGGAUGGGCUGAGCUCCCUCCUGGAUGAGGAAGAGGACGAAGAUGAAGACGGCGACAGCCACACGGAAGGCCUGUCUGGGAGCUGUGAGGGCGACCUGGAGGUGAAUCCGUACGACGGGCUGCCCUUCUCCUCCCGCUACUAUGAGCUGCUGCGCCAGCGCCGCCACCUCCCCAUCUGGGGCUCCAAGUUCCCCUUCCUGGAGCACCUGGAGGGCGGAAGCAGCAUCGUCGUGGUGUCUGGGGAGCCGGGGGCCGGCAAGAGCACCCAGGUGCCCCAGUGGUGUGCUGAGCACGCCCUCUCUCUGCAAUUUGCACCCGGCCAAGUGGUUUGCACGCAGCCCCACAGCCUGGCCGCCCUCAGCCUGGCCUUGCGGGUGGCAGACGAAAUGGACCUCAAUGUGGGACAUGAGCUGGGCUACAGCAUCCCCUACGAAGACUGCUGCACCUCCGAGACGCUGCUCAGGUUCUGCUCGGACGAGGUCCUUCUGCGGGAGAUGACGUCGGACCCCCUGCUGCACCAGUACGGGGUGGUGGUCCUGGACGAGGCACAGGAGCGGACGGUGCCCACCGACCUCCUGCUGGGGCUGCUGAAGGACGUGCAGCGCCAGCGCCCAGAGCUUCGCCUGGUGGUGGUGACCGAGCCGCUGAUGGAGGAGCCCCUGCGGCGCUUCUGCCCCGACGCCCCUGUGGUGCGGGUCCCGGAGCCCAGCCCGGCCCCCCGCUUGGCCUUCAGGCAGCCCCUGCCGGGGGGGCACGUCUUGGCCGCCUGCCAUGCCGCCCUGGAGCUGCACCGGCGGAGGGAGCCUGGCGAUGUGAUGGUCUUCCUGGCCAGCAAGCAGGAGAUUGACGAGUGCUGUGAGGCCAUCCGGGCGGAGGCCCUGGCCUUGGACCCCAGCCUGGGGCCCCUGCUGGUGCUGCCCCUCCACCCUGGCGUGGGCCGAGACGUCCAGCGGCUCUACGAGACCGGCCAGGAGCAGCCCGGGGUGGUCCGGGCGCGCAGGAUUGUGGUCACCCACUGGGUGGCGGACGCCGGCUUCUCCCUGGGGAGCGUCAGGCAUGUCGUUGAUGCCGGGCUGGAGCUGCACAGUGUUUACAACCCGCAGAUCCGAGCCGAGGCUCAGGGCUUGCGCCCCAUAAGCAAGAAGCAGGCCGAGGCGCGGAGACUCAGGGCCGCCGGGAACCCCCCAGGGUCCUGCCUCCGCCUCUACUCGGACGCCUUCUAUGAGCAGCGCCUGCCCCCCGUCCCUCCGGCCCCCAUCACGGAAGCCAACCUCAGCCGCCUGGUCCUGCUGCUCAAGAGGCUGGACAUUGCGGACAUGGGCCAGUGCGACUUCCUGGACCGGCCAGCCCCGGAGUCCUUAAUGCAGGCCCUGGAGGACUUGGACUACCUGGCGGCCCUGGAUGACGACGGGAACCUCUCUGAGGUGGGCAUCAUCAUGUCGGAGUUCCCUCUGGACCCCCAGCUCUCCAAGGCCCUGCUGGCCUCCUGCGAGUUUGACUGCGUCCACGAGAUGCUCACGCUGGCCGCCAUGCUGACGGCCUGGCCCUGCUUCCUGGCUCCCGAGGGGGCGCGCUGGGAGGAGGCCCUGGCGGCCCGGCAGCGGAGUCUGCUGCACCCGGCGGGGGACCACUUCACCCUCAUCAACGUCUUCAAUGCCUUCCAGCAGCAGAGCGACCCGGAGAGCUGGUGCCGGAAGCACGCGUUGAGCGAGGCAGCCCUGCGGCUGGCGGGGGCCGUGCGGGCAGAGUUGCUGGAGGUCAUGCAGCGCAUCGAGCUGCCCGUCUCCCCGGCGGCCUUUGGCAGCGACAGCAACGUCCAGCGCCUGACGCAAGCCCUCAUCUCGGGCUUCUUCCUCAAGGUGGCCCGGGACAUUGACGGCUCUGGCAACUACCUGCUGCUGACCCACAAGCACGUGGCCCAGCUGCCCCCCAGCUGCUGCUACCGGCUGCGUCGCCCGCCCCCCCGCCCGCCUCCCUGGGUGCUCUACCACGAGUUCACCAUCUCUCAGGACAACUGCCUCAGCAUCGUCUCCGAGAUCCAGCCAGAGAUGCUGGCAGAAUUGGCACCCCAGUACUACUUGAGCAACUUGCCGCCCAGCGAGAGCCGGGAGCUGCUCCUGGAGCUGCGUGAGAAGCUGGCGGGGGCCUCCGAGUUGCCAUCUCCGCCCCCAUCCCCGCUGCAGGACGAGGGGCCUCAGGCGCCCAGAGCUGGCGAGGACGCAGAGGACACCUGCCUACUGCAAUGAGCCCAGCAGGAGCACUGCUGGGUCCGGAUGAAGCCCAGGCCCUGGAGGAAUCCUGUUCACAGGGGACAGAGGAGGCUCCCAGGCCUGGAGCAGCAGCAGCAGCAGCAACAGCACUGGCCGCUGGUGUCCCUGGGUGGUGAGGCCUGCUGCCCCUUGACGCCAGAGCCCCUGGCAUUCCCUGGGCAUGGGAGAGGGCGGGCAGGGGGCCCAGGAGGCAGGUCCUGCUGUACUUUUGCUGUUGGACACUCUGGGGCAGACUGCAGGGAGCCUGGCUGCUCUUUCUGGGACCCACCAGAGGCUGGCGCAGUGGGUGGCGGAGGUGGCCUGUGGAGGUGUGCCGUGGGCUCAGGGCUCCACUUCCCCCUGGCUGCUCAUUGGCAAAGGUGGCGGAACCCCAGGCAGACGGUCAGGUGGGCAGAGGCAAGCCCAGGCUGGAGGUGGUGGCAGGGUGGGGUCUCCUUGUGGGUCCCUGCUUCCCACUCCUUGCUGGUGGGAGGGCAGUGCAGGAAGGGGCGCCUGGGUCCGUGGGUCUGGGCAGAGUUUUGUUCUUGCAUGUAGCAGGAGAGACUGCUCUUCCUCCUCCCUUGUCACAGAAGCCAUGCGCCUGGGAGCUGUUGGGGGGGCUCCUCUGAGGGGCUCCCCCUAGUCUUGGGGCAGCUUUAGCCGAGGGUGAUGCCCUGCCCCCUUGUUUUGGGACUCUUGGGGUUGGCUCUUCCCUGAAGUCUUUUCUUAGCUCUGCUUUUACUGCUGCCUUAUUUGGGGGUGGGGGUGGGGGCGCAAGAUGGCCCUUGACUGGCUGCCGAGCUUUUUAUCGACUCUUUGCACCAGGGGAGGGGGUGGGUGUCUCUUGCUUGCAGUAGCGGCCAUGAUCCUCAUCCUGAACUGUUAACUUUAGAGAGGCUGCUUGGGAUCGGGGCACCCCUGUCUUCUGUCAGUGCCAUUUGUGGGGUGCCUGGCACCUGGCGCCCCCACUUUGACUCUUUCUGGCCUAGAAUGUGGUUCACCAAAGCAGAAGAAUUAAAAGAUACCUUUGGAAACACUGAACUCUGUGAAAUGCAAGGUUGAAUUCUGAUCACCCUCGUCCCCAAAAAGGCACAGAAAAGGUGGUGCCAAAAUGUGGGGAGAACCUCAGCCCACCCCCCCACCCCAAAUUCCUUACAGACCCUGCUUUGCCCCCUCCUCUGGUAUUUUGCCUGGCUGGAAUGUGCCCUUGAACCCUUUCCUCUCCCAAAUAAAUUAUUUUGUUUUGUU